UUGGAAGCUUAGCGACUCGGAUUCAUCGGCCUCCUUCUCUUUCUCUCUCUGGGUCCUGCACUCCUGCCUCAUGAUUCGCACCCUCUGCUGUGUGGAGAAUCCAGAGAAGAGAAUCCUGGGAUUCUUCUGACUGAGGGAGGUCCACCACUAUCAGAUACACCCUUCGAGAAAUGCGGACUAUUCCCUUGGGAAUCUCAGCAUCCCCAACUCCUGGAAACAAUUCCAAAUCUUCGUCCUCCCUCAAUUUCGCUAAUUUCAGAAAACCAGGGUCUUCCCCGUCAAGGGUUUCUCUUUCCUCUGCUAAUGGAUUUUCUUUCCUUUCACUCUGCCAAUCAGGACUUUGCAGAGCUAGUCAAGUUGUUGAUCUAUUCCCAACUAUGUCUCCGGAAAUCAUAGUUCGAGAGGCCAGGUUAGAAGACUGUUGGGAAGUAGCCGAGACUCACUGCAGUUCCUUCUUCCCUGAAUAUUCAUUCCCAUUGGAUUUUGUUCUGAGGAUGGACAGAAUGGUGGCAAUGUUAGCAGGAUUCUCUUUACCAAAUGGUUGCAAAAAAACCUGUUUGGUUGCGGUUAUUGGCAGCUCACUUAAUGAAACUCUCUUCAUUGGGAAUGAAGAUUUCAAGAUUGGAGGUCUUGAUGGGAGAGUUAGCCUCAACAAGGGAUAUGUGGCUGGUAUAUUAACGGUAGAUACUGUUGCAGACUUUCUACCGCGAAAAGGACCGCUGAGACAGAGAAGGACUGGAGUUGCGUACAUAUCCAAUGUGGCAGUUCGGGAAAAAUUCAGACGCAAGGGUAUCGCUAAAAAACUAGUGGAAAAAGCAGAAUCUCAGGCCAGAACCUGGGGAUGUCGUGCAAUUGCAUUACACUGUGAUUUGAACAAUACUGUAGCCACAAAGCUAUACCAAGGCCAAGGCUUCAAAAGUAUUAAGGUGCCCGAAGGAGCAAACUGGCCCCAGCCAAAGACCUCACCAGAUGUUAAGUUCAAUUUCAUGAUGAAGCUUCUCAGUGUUUCAACUGCUUCUUAGAUGCUAGUUUGGCUUGCAGGUUAUAUUUAUGCUGUCAAACAGGUUUUGUUGAAAAGAAAUUUUACGAAGGUUCUGUCUGUUACUAGAAUCAAUGUUGUGAAUAUAUAUAUUUUAAUUGUGCAUGGAAAAACCUAUGAAGCACUAGUACUCUGAAAAAACAGAGCCAUAACUUGUUUUAUGUGUCUGAUACUCACACUUUAUGACACUUCAAAUUGUACUAGGGCACUGCAUAUUUCGUUGUGUCGUGGUAUUCCUGCUUCUUAGGUAUAAAACAAAGGAAUAGAUUCAAAGAAUCUUGUAGGAUCUUUGGCUGAACCGGUUGUAAACAUUUGUAUAGUUGUUGCCAUCCUUCUGUGCGAGAGUAGACAUGAUCAUCUACUGCAUUAUUGAGGUUUGGCUCUGUUUCAUCUUUCAAAAA